AUGAACGUUUAUCUUGCAGUACACACUGCUCCGUCCGAGAACAUCACUAUCAUAGAUGUUCAACAGAUGAUAUCUAGUUUCAAUGUAGUAACAAAUACAGUUACAUCGAUUACCACUCUGAAGAGUGAGCAGGAUCUAAUCCGCCGAGAAAACGGCCAUAUUCAGUUCUGGAAGGAACCCAGAGUCGUGAACAAACCUGCAGACGUGAUGGUGUCGCCGGAGAUGCAAACUAGUUUCCUGGAAGGCCUCGAAGCGAAUGGAAUCCAAGCGACCGUCUACGUGGACAACGUGCAGACACUUAUCGACAAUGAGAGAGGAGUCCGGAGACAGGGAGAAUCCUUUGGCUGGGAGGACUACUACACCCUCGAAGAGAUCCACGGAUGGCUGAACUCUCUGUCAGAGACAUACCCAGACGUUGUGACGCCGAUAGUUGGAGGAUCCAGUUACGAAGGCCGAGAGAUCCUUGGUGUGAACAUCACCUUCGCACCAGGCAACCCUGUCGUUGUCGUUGAGGGAGGCAUCCAUGCUGGUGAGUGGAUCGGCCCCGCCACCGCUACGUGGAUCAUCAAUCAGAUACUGACCACCAAUGACUCGGCCGUAAGGGACACCGUGAGGCAGUUUAACUUUUACGUCUUCCCUAACCUCAACCCUGAUGGAUACGUAUACACUUGGACCACGGAUCGCAACUGGCGCGGGACUCGCACCCCAUACACGCCGUGCUACGGGGCUGACCCGAAUCGUAACUGGGACUUCCACUGGGGAGAAGAAGGUGCCAGCUCCACAGUGUGUUCAUCGGACUUUGCCGGUCCAGAACCCUUCUCCGAGGUUGAAACGAGGACCUUCUCAGAAUUUUUGGCGAGUCUGGGCGACGACUUCCAGGUCUACCUAGACUUCCACAGUUACGGGCAGAUGCUCAUGUUCCAGUAUGGCUUAUACAGCGUGACAGCGCCGAACUACGACGACCUGCUCGUUAAACUUCCUUUACGAAGUUUCGAGUUACAAAUAGAUAAGCAUAGCUCUGUUCUGCGGGAGGCUGUAACAGACAGAGUAUUGCAUAAGAAAUUACUCUUAGAAUACAUGGGGUGUCGCAUUGAGAUGAUAUUUGGUAAAGGAUACUGGGCAGAUGGGAAUAGCGUUAAUAUGGAUGAUUCGCUCAACGUGCUCCAGCAAUGA